AUGGAAUCCAUUCUUGGCCUGAAAAAAACCUUAUUUGAUAAACACCCGCUCAAGCCAAAAAUCAAAGAGCAGAAAUUAAUUUACAGAGGACGGGUGUUAGAUAACUCGGAAAUCCUCGCCGAAAUCUUGAAGGACGGACUGUCUACGGCACAAACUUUCCAUUUAGUUGUUAAAUCAUCGUUUGAAGGUGAAUUUGGAAAAAUUCCUGUGACACCCCCUUCUAGACCCUCAUUCUCAUGGCUUCGUCGCAGUGGUGGCGAUGCGGUUAAUAGCAAUUCAACCACAACAACGAUAAUUUCUUCAAAUGGAGAGACUAUGACAACUUCGGCAGCAGCAACGGGGAGUCAACCAGCGAGACACGCCGCUACUCAAUAUCCUCAUUUCUUAUCAACUGGAUUACCAUACAUGAUACCUGCGGGACCAUACCUGCAACAACCGUAUUAUUAUCAUCCGCACAAUUUAAAUCUAAAUAAUCAUAACUAUAUCAAUGCAUUUUACCAGCCACAAUUCCCUCAACCGCCACCUGUUUUUCCCGUUCAACAGCAGCCACCAGAUCCAAACAACGAUAUCGGGGCAAGAAAUCGACGUCGUGCCGCUACUUUCUGGCUUUUAUUAAAGUUAGGAUUCCUGGUGUACAUCUUUUCUCAGAACGCAAGCAUAGAACGGAUUAUUCUACUGCAUAUUUUUGCGCUUGUGAUAUUCUUUAAUAGGAUGUAUUCGGCUCAACAACUACAACAAAUCCAACCACCACCCAUGCCACAAGAUAGAGGAACAACAGCAUCAACAUCUACGUCAGCGCCUCCUACAUUACCUAGACAACAAGAGACACCAAACACCGGUUUAGGCAGUCAAGCAUAUAACAACCGUGAUAAUGUUGCUGCUGACGUUAUGGUAAAUCAAAAUAAUAAUGCGGCACAAGGUGGUGAAGCAAAUAAUGCCCAAGCAUUGACUUGGCUUUUAACAGGAAAACAUGCUUAA